GUAAGGACGCAUCGUAUUUAAAGUGAGGCGGCGGCUGUUGGAAGCAACACUACAGUUUUGUACCACAACAAGCUGGCAACGAGGAGAGGAUUAACAACGAAGAAAAAAAAAAUACAAACAGCGCUUCUUGAAACUCUGUGUCACAAAGUUUUCUGCAUAACUGUUUACAGAUACAAUGGCGAGCAUAAUCUUUGCAGAGCAGGAAAAUGCACAACUUGGAUCUUCACAAAACUUGCGCCAGCGACUUAAAUCUGUUCCAGAAAAACUAAAGUCUCCCAUGUUGGCCACGCCGCUCUCAUCCGGCCGCAAGGCUUUUGGUGUGGUGGGCAACAGGAUUUCAACACCAGCCAUCAAAACGCACGAGAAGAAACUUGUAAAACCACAGGAAACAAAAGCCACUCCGACUCCUCAAAUCAAAGCAGAGGAAUAUCCAGAAGUUGAGCAGUUUAUCCCUUACGACCCAUUAGACUUUCAGCGGUACAGUGUACCUGAAGAUCUGAUCCCUCUUAGCUGCAUGGCUCUGUCUGGGUUGGCUUGCUUUCCACACAGACGUCCUGAUCUGAAUGAGGAAAAGAUGGAAGAGCUCCCAUAUUUUUCCCCUGUGGAAAUGCCAGAGUGUCCAGCUGACUACACGGAGCUGACCGCGUUUCUUCAAACUAUUGAUGAGCUGACUGAACUUCCUCCAGAACCUGAAUUUUAACGCAUUUAUUAAUGCUCUGUAUUUUUGUCUUUGAAUAAAGUUGUUUUACUACGUU